AAGCGAACAAAGAAGGUCGGAGUCACUGGAAAGUACGGAACCCGUUAUGGUGCUUCCCUCCGAAAGACCGUGAAGAAGAUGGAAAUCACUCAACACGCUCGAUACGCUUGCCCAGCUUGUGGAAAGAACGCCGUCAAGCGAACCGCCGUCGGAAUCUGGAAAUGCAAGCCUUGCCGUAAAACUUACGCUGGAGGAGCCUACACUUUCGGAACUGCCGGAGCCGCCACUGUCAGAUCAACCGUCAGGCGUCUGAGAGAAGUCGUCGAG